AUGUCAGAUAAUCAUGAAUCUUCGAUUACUUAUUUCAUAUCUAUCACACAUUGUCAAAGGGAUGAUGCCAUUCAAUUUUUAGAAACAACCAACUGGAGACUUGAUAGAUCUCUAAAUUUAUUCUUUGAACAAGAUUAUAACCGGCAAAAAUCUCCUGUUCAUUCAAAACGUAUCGAUGCACCGUACCAGCAAUGCGAAAAUAAAGCUAAUGCUCGCGCUUUUGAUCUUGUUCCCAUAUCACCUAGAUCAUUAUCUAAAACGAUUAUUAUACCGACGAUGCUUGAAUUUCAACGAUUUAUUCAAUCAUAUGAUGAUCGUACUACAAAUUUACUAGAAAAUUCAUCGAAAAUGAUGAAUUUAACAAUGAAAUAUGCAACACAUAAAAACGUUAAUAUUCCGUCCAAUGAACUCGAGCAUUGGAAGAUUCAUUUAAAAGCCGAUUAUACACGUUUACAAGCAUUACUUGAUAAUGACAUGUGUGCACCGUUAGUUUGGAUAGAACAUUUCGAGCAUUUAUUGAAUGGAAAUAUCUGUCAAUUAUUCGAUUGUGAUUACAUGUUUACUAUCAGUGAUUAG